GUCGCUGUGCCGUCCCGUUAAUUUCACAGAUAUUUUCUGAUCUUCAAACAGUUUAAUACACUCGCUGAACUCUUCAUCAUGAACUUUAAGGUAUUUAGCGUCUUGGCUUUGAUGGCCCUGGUUUUUGUCUUCACGACAACCGCCGUAAUAGCAGAGGAUGUUUCCGAAAUGGCCCAAAAAUCUGAACACGCUUCGGAGGAUCAUCAUGCUGCUGCUGGAAAAGCCGAUUCCGCCCACUCUCAUCACGUCAAAAAAGUGAAGGACGGAAAGAAACACGAGCCCAGCAAACAUUCCCGUGAAGCGAAAGCUGCCCCCCAGCAGCACAAGAAAGAAACCCCAGCAGUACCCAUCAAAGCCAGUAAUGGCAAGAAACCGAAAUUUUUCCCGAGAGCAGCUUAGGCGGCGGCCUAUUAAGUUAGUCCACCGCUUAUAGGUUGUAUUCUUCGCUUCUCUCUCUGACGACCCUCGGCUCUCCCUAAUGUGUUUCAAUUUCAUUUAUUUUUUUCGUUGAUUGUAUUAAAAACAACCUGUUUUGAUAAAUACAACAACAAAUUGCUUUGCAGAUAUAUAAAA